UGUCAGACAGCAACAGAAGUCGAGACUCACCGCCACCUCCUCCACCUCCUCAGUCUGGUGAGACUCAUCCUUCAUAUCCUCACUCUGUUGGAUCUAACAGCAGCUGCUUCUAUCUCUUCUUCUUCUUACUCACCCGCCCGCGGAGGGAUAUUCCUUUGUUUUCCUGAAGCGUGGCGUCUACUUGAAGACCAACUUGUGUUGGAUGAGCCUGUGAGAAGAGGAAUCUUCUGCAGCAAAUCUGUGUCUUAGAUUUUUAUCAAUAACUAUCAAGUCCAAUUUUAAAUUAGUAUUUAAGUAAUAAGAAAAAGGACUUUAAUUUUAGACUUUAGAAGAAUUUUAGAAGUACGGAAGCGAUUUUCGAGUUGAAGCCCAGUGUGAAUGGGGAUUUGAGGUUUUUUCCCCAGCCCCUCCUCCCUCCAGAGGGGGGUCUUCUUACAGAGCAGUGCCAGAUAGAGCUGCUGAGGACCUUACAACUUUCCCAAGAACACUACAAACUGACUGGUGGCGACUAGGGUCCCACCUGUUACUCCUUUUUUUUCUCUUCGGAGACAGCAAUGACCAUGCUGUGCCUAAAGAAAUACUUCACAGAGGGCCUCAUCCAGGUGGCCAUCCUGCUGAGUCUCUGUGGAGUGAGGGUCGACGUGGAACUGGAGACCUACCUGCCUCCCUCCUUGCAAGAGAUGAUCCUGGGUCAGACCUCGACACUGACCCAGACGCAGUUCCACAAUCUCCGCAACCACCUGGAGGAUGGCCACGACUUGCACCCCAAGAAUGUAGACCUGGAUGGAUUUUUCACAACGAGAAGGCUACUGGGCUGGGUGCGCUCUCUUGACAGACUACAGAUUCCUCAUUCUGAGCUGGAGACAUGGCUGGUCCAAAGGGAGCCAGAUCCUCUAACCAUUGAUCAGUCCUCCCUGCUGGAGAGAGCUCCUGCCCGGGUGGAGAGAGACCUGAUUGGUCUGACUGUGGAGCCUAGACCUGGACUUGGUACCUUGCAGGAAGAAGUGGAGGCUGAACAAAAAGAGGAAGAAAUACAGAAUCAGCUUCAUUACAGUGAUGGUCUGGAUGAGAGUGGAGAGGAAGAGGAGGAUGAAGAGGACGACAUGGCCAGGAUGCAUAGCCACUACAUGAGGACACUGGGAGGAGGAAGAACAGAGGGUUCUGACAGCCGUACUUACAACAGAGAGUUGUCUCACAAUGUAGCAGAACAGAGUUCUUUCCCCCUUCAGGAGUGUUUGAGGCUCUUGGAGGAAACCUUUCCCUUCACAGAGGAACAAGAGUUAAGUGAUGAUGGCGGUAGAGGGGGAGACCUGGGACGUCACCACUCAGGCAGGGAGCCCCUGCUGUCCCCCAUCAUCCCCACUGAUAACCCCAAUUUGGACUUGGAGCUUGACUGGCAGGACCUGUUUGCUAUCAUGGAACCUGAGAACACAGAUGUUGACACAAUGACAUCAUUAGACAACGUCUUAGAGUCGAGACCCCCUGGGCCGCCGCCUGUUGAGUCAGAAACCUUUAACCUAAACUGUAACAACCUUGACAACGUCAUAACCGAUGCUCAUCAGGGUGCCCAUCUAGCAGAAACUCCCCUGCAGCAUGGUUUCUUGUGGCCUGCAAGUCAGCCCCAGCUCGAGCCAGCACUUCUCUCCCUCACUCCCAGUGCGGAGUUGGAUGAUCACACUUCAGCCUUCAAUACGUGGGAUGUUUCGAGAACCUUAAACGUGAAUACCUUACACAGGCCUCCCGAUCACAUGGAUCUCUUGGCUGAUGAACCCUCAGAAGAUUUCUCUUUGGGACAAGAUGCAGAUGAUAACUCGAGUACCUUCAACAUAAACCUGUUAGCUCAAGAUCCAGUGGAUAACUUGGCAGAAAGUCAGAGUGUAGAAUAUGCUCUCUACCCUGGAGACCUCGCUAGCUUUAACGUUAACUUAAAUUCACGUGAUUUAACAGCUCCCAGUCCUUCCCUGUCCCCAGACAGGAAUGAUAUGACUCAGAACCUUCCGAUAUCUCCCAGUGUCUUUCUGGUUGAUGAGGAUGUUGGUGAUGAAGAUCUCCCUGUUCAAAUUAGUGACCUCCUAGAGGAUGCUGCCAUCUUGGAUGAGAUGAGAUUGUUGGACCUGGCUCUGGAGGAAGGAUUCAGUCCAGAGAUGGCAGCACGGCUGGAGGAGGAGGGCUACCUUGACACUGACAGGGAUGGUGACCACUCUUCCACGGCAGUCACAGAGGAUCAGAGUGAACCAGGACGACAUCAGCAAGAUGGUGAUGAGGCAGACACUGACUCCGGUCUCUCCCUGGACUUCAGCUACAGCCCUGCUUCUCCAUGUGCUUCUGAGGCCUCGUAUUAUUCAUCUUCCUCCUCGUCUGCAUCAAACUCCUCAUCAUCCUCUAUUUCAGAUGUGGAAAGUCCCUUCUAUGAAGACAAGGAAGAAGAUACUGAGGAAGGAUUAGUUGCUUCAGAUAUGGAAGUGGAGGUGACCAUAAAGCAGGAGGAGCUGGAUGAGGAGGAGAUGGGGGCAGUAGGAGGAGGGUAUCCUGAAGACAUUAAGAAACUCUUUCCUGUUAACUAUGGUGAUCACAAGCUGUUAAAUGGCUUUACUUGGCUGGAGCAGAUUGACCAUGAUCACACAUACAACCAGCCCUUCCCCUCCGCCUCCUCUCCAUCAGGAAAUAUACUUAGCAAACACACAAAAUCCUCUCCACAACAUCCCAACCCCAGGCAUUACCACUACUCCUCUUCCAGACACAUCUCUGAGACCAAAAUGCGGAGCCGAGAUGAGCGACGUGCUCGAGGCUUGAAGAUUCCUUUCUCCAGCGAGCUGAUUAUUAAUUUGCCAGUGGAAGAGUUUAAUGACUUGCUGUGCAAUUAUAAACUCAAUGAGGAGCAGCUAAGCCUUAUCAGGGACAUUCGGCGCCGGGGCAAGAAUAAGAUAGCAGCCCAGAACUGCAGGAAGAGGAAACUGAAUGUGCUGCAGGGACUGGAGGAUAAUGUUUCAGGUUUGAGGCGCCGCCGUUCGCGACUGGUCCGAGAGAAACAGGAAGCCCUGAAGAAUUUGCAAGAAAUGAAACGCCGACUGGGCACUUUGUAUCAGGAAGUCUUUUCAAGGCUGAGGGAUGGAGAAGGAAGGCCACUGGAUUCUGCAGAGUACUCUAUUAAUUUUGCUCCCAAUGGUAGUGUCAUGGUGGCUUCACACCAACAAGAAGGAUGGGUGCCACUGACAGGAGAAAAAACAAGCAAGAAACAGAGGAACAAGAAGAAGUGAUGAGGGAAUAUUCUCACUGGAGUUCUGGACAUUUCAAAACAUAGGGAGACUGGAGAUUCAUUUGAGGAAUGAUGUGGUGGGAUACAGGGAUUCUUUAUUUGGUGUUAAAUGAAGAUGCUGAAAGAGAACAUUAAAUCCUCAAACACCCAAAGAGAUAAGUGGCUGGCUAGAGAGGGAAUCAAGAUGCAGUAAGCAUUCUUUUUAUUGUCCUGAUGAUAAGGCAAGCUUUUCACCAUACACAUUUUUCUACACUGGAAAAACUCUUCCAACUCUUGACAGGCGUGGGAUACAACUGGGAUGAAUUUGGGAUGUCUGUACUCAUUGGACUCCAAACAACAGACAAUUGAUGAUCUGGGACCAUCAUUAAAAACAAACAGCUCUAUGCCUAUGCAAAACCUUGCUUUCCUCACAUCAGACACGAGAAGGGACAAUCCAGCAGGCUGGACCCUGGCUGUCGGCUAAUUUAGCCAAGUGCAGACGAUGACAGAGCCACCAAAGAUAGAUUGCUGGCAUCACUUCAAUGAUGCAGAAGGACAGCUGAUUGACGUGGCAGCACUUAUAAUUUACGCCAAAAAUACCAAUGUUAGAAGGUAUGAUGAACUAAUUGAGAAGAAGGUGGGAUAUAAGGAAGACAAUGAAGAAUUUACUGGACAGGGAGCCUGGAGCCCACCCCAGGCCACUCACAGCCGAUAUAGGCUGGAUGAUUCUCCCUCCAGUUUACUGUUGUGUUGAAGAGGUACAAAGUAAAGUCUAAAAAACUCUGUGUACAAAUAUUUAAGUCUUUUGGGGUUUUGGAGUCACAGAUCGAGCUUUGUUGUACACUGUUUAACUGAGUGAGGAAUGAUUAAUUUUCUGAAGAAGUUGUGUUGGCAUUGGUUUUCUAUUUCCUGUCAACUGAAAGCAUGUUAGCAGUGGGUUUUAACUGUGCCUUCUUAAAUAUGUGGAUUUGGUUUUUUACAAAUUUACCACAUAUCAGUCUCUGUGAAACUGUAGCUCUCCUGGUGCCUGUUCCAAAGAAGAUGGCAAGAAUCUGUUUUCCAAAUGUAGCUGAAGGGGGGUCGGCUCUGCAAUUAAUGAAACCUACUGUCCAUCAAGGCCGGUCUGUAAAAUAUGGGAUAAAUACACCAAGACAGAGUUAAGUUGUGAAGCCAUUAAUGUUCCUGUAUGGGGGUUGGGCAUAUGGAAGGUGGACAAUGUAUCACAAUAAUAGAUUUAAAGACAAAUUAAAAAGAACAAACAACAGAUUUAUAACAUCAGGUUCUAAGACUUCAGGGAUAGUGGGGUAGCUUUGAAGUUAUCAUGUCACCCUCUGGUGGUUGUAGAAAUAGCUGAGCAAGACCGAACUAAUUUGAGAGCAAUUAAUAGUACACGGAAUUGGCAGCAGGUUGACCUGUUGGUGCUAAUAAACUUUUACAUGAACGUACAGGGGAAGUCUUUUAUUCAAAGAUAGUAUUGAAAACGAGUUUCUCGGGAAUGUACACAGCCAGGACAAGCUAGUAGUUUUUCCCCCUUUACAGUACACAAUCAAAACACUUUGUGAAAAAAAAGUUGAUUCUUCACUUGGCGGAUACCUUGUUAAUAAAUCACAUUACUCUCCACCUGUGCCCCAUGAAAAGCAGAGGCAAUUGAAGGAAUUUGUUUACACCAAAAUAAAAUAUAAUUUGACAGUGAGAACUUUUAAACCUGCAUGCAUGCUUCACAUCUUCAAAUGAAACAAGAUUGUAUUCAUUGUUGUGGUUGUUAAGCAUUUUUAUUUGUGUUUGCCCACUGUGCCUGGUAGUAUUCAAGGACAUACACCUCAACUUUUGUAAUAUUAAAACCUUAUUUCCUUC